AUAAAGUUAUUAAUUGUUCAUAUGAUGGAGGAGCAUGGCAGUGCCUUUAAAAACAUAGACUAUGUGAAAACAUUUCAGGGACUUCAUAAAAAAUAUGAACAGUUAAAAGAUAGGGAAACAAACAAACCAGAUUUCGAUGGUCUUCGACAACCAAGCUCAUUUCAAAACAGCCGGUAUCGUCGAGAUGCAAGGGCAUUAGAUGAAGAAGAGGAGAUGUGGUUUGAUCAAGACGAUGAGCAAGAUCCUGCUGUGAUUCCUGAGGCAGUUGCAUCUUUACCGGAGAUGUCAGUGAUCAUCGAUAGUAUUGCACCAGAAGAAAAAG